AUGUGGAUCUCUUCGAGACCUCGAACGGGAAUCAGGGUGGACGGACAACCGAUAGAACUCGUCGAUGAGUUCUGUUACCUAGGCUGUACGCUGAAGAACAAUGGCAGCUACGAGAGAGAUGUUCAGCAAAGAUGCGCUAAGGCCACUUCUGCAUUUAACUCCAUAACGAAAUGCCAGUGGUCGACCCCCAUCACCAACGAAGUCAAGCUGCGAGUCUACGUAUCCGCAAUUCGCCCCAUCGUGAUGUACGGAUCGGAGACUUGGGCAGCACCAUCAACGGUUAUGGAGAGGCUUGACUGCACGGAACGAAAGCUGCUUAGACGGCUACCUGGCUACUUUUGGCCUAGGGUAUGUCACAAUGAAGAUCUUUACGCAGAAAUUGAUGUGGUAUACCGGCGGAUGACACGUGGAUAG